UUGGGCCUUAUCGAGCACCUGUACUCGGGCCACAAGCCGAAUGCAUUUGCCGAGCAGUUAGAAACCUCCAGCGAAAGCCCAUUUGCCUUCCCCUGCACCAUUCUCGUCCUCAGAAAAUUGGGCUCUGGCAAAAGCUCGACCCUCAACUCCAUACUAAAUGGGCCCGUUUUCGAAGCCGGGCCCGGUGGAAAUCACUGGAGUUAUAAACAAUGUACACAUGUGAUGCCAUGCUUCUGCGUAUACCCACAAGAAGAGAAAGUAUCCAAAAACGUUACUAAUGAGAGUUCCAAAGCAUCCUUUCUCUCAGUUCAAAAGUUUUAUCACACUUCUAAAGAUCAGUUAAAUGGAGAACCAUAUAAAGAAGAGAAAUAUGAAUAUGACAAUGCAUUGAGUGCCGACAGGACUUACUUGAAAUUCAAGAAACGAAUGGAUUCAUACCCAGAGCAAUGCUUUAGGUAA